AUGAUCAUUGAAUCCCAGUGGACAACCCUGCUUAUUUCACCUUUGACCAUGAAUGCAAUACUUCACUGGGAACAAGCAUCCGAAGUUGCAAUUGAGUGGGCUAGCAAGGCGUUUGCUAUAUUACAGACUCCAAAACAUAAUGAUUGUGAUUAUCGUCACCAAUGUUGA